GCACCAAGUUAAUUUAUUUAAAUGUUUCAAGGAACGUGUUCCUAGGAACUUUUGAAACGAACACUGUACGUGUUUGUCGUUGUCCCGGGAAGAUUUGUAUAACCUCUUCUCGUUUGCACAAUAUCUCUAACAAAAAAGGAUACGCGUACUCGCGCUGUUCCGUGAUUGUUGUUAUUAAAUUAACAACUGUUUUCCAAGUGGAAUGUACGUUUUCCUAUUGUUUGCCAAUAAAUCGAGCCCAACGGAGAACUUGACGAAUCAAGGCUUGACAGUUUCAGCAUCUCGGGCCCAGGCUACACCUUGCUGAAUUUUGAGAUUUCUCGAAAACGAUGACGUGUGUAACGACACAUGUAUUGUAAUUUAAAAAACUCGUUGUAAAAGUCAUCUUCGACUGAAUAAACACUCGACUCGAUUAAAUAGGUGUGUUUAAUUUUAUCGAGGACAUUCACGAUAAGCGAUACAUUCGUGCGUGUAAAGAAUUGUCAAGGGCGAUUGUUCAACUUCGACGGUAUAAAUGUCAAAGAACAAGUUAAAUCUGACGCUACCACCUGGUUCGAUAGAACCAGUCCCAGCCGUGUCACCGUCUCCGCCGGUACCACCGUUGCCCAUUUAUUCUGAGCCACCAGUGAUUCCAGAUGGAGUUAUGGGAAAGAUGAGUAUAGAUGCCAUUCAGGAAAGGUUAAAGGAAUUGGAAAUGGACGAAGAGCAAAAGAAAAGACUAGAAAGUUUCUUGGGUCAGAAAGAAAAGGUUGGAGAACUGUGCGAUGAUGAUUUUGAGAAACUUGGCGAGCUUGGUGCUGGUAAUGGUGGUGUUGUUAUGAAAGUUAGGCACAAAAAAUAUGGACUUAUAAUGGCAAGAAAGCUAAUACAUUUAGAGGUCAAACCUGCUAUUAAGAAACAAAUAAUUAGAGAACUGAAAGUUCUUCAUGAGUGCAACUUUGCACACAUAGUUGGCUUUUAUGGUGCUUUUUAUAGUGAUGGAGAAAUUAGUAUAUGUAUGGAAUAUAUGGAUGGUGGUUCAUUAGAUUUAAUACUGAAAAAAGCUGGAAGAAUUCCAGAACCUAUAUUAAGUACAAUUACUUCAGCAGUUCUGAAAGGAUUGAGCUACUUACGGGACAAACAUGCGAUUAUGCAUCGGGACGUAAAACCAAGCAAUAUCCUGGUAAACAGUGCUGGGGAAAUCAAAAUUUGCGAUUUUGGUGUUUCCGGGCAGUUAAUCGAUUCCAUGGCUAAUUCGUUCGUUGGAACUAGGAGUUAUAUGUCGCCAGAAAGACUUCAAGGCACACAUUACUCUGUGCAAAGUGAUAUUUGGUCCCUAGGACUAUCACUUGUGGAAAUGGCAAUUGGAAUGUACCCAAUUCCACCUCCGGAUGAGAAAACUUUAGCUACGAUAUUCAGUAUUCCACCAGGUCAACUACCUGCGGAGAAUGCUACUAAUAAUGCCUCUACUCCAACGCAAUCGCCUGCGCACAAUACAGGCAGCCCAAGACCAAUGGCUAUAUUUGAAUUGUUGGAUUAUAUUGUGAAUGAACCACCGCCAAAGUUGCCCGCUGGUAUCUUCAGCGAUGCUUUUACAGAUUUCGUGGAUCGUUGCUUAAAGAAAAAUCCCGCCGAAAGAGCAGAUUUAAAAACGUUAAUGAAUCACGAAUGGAUAAAGAAAGCUGAGUCUGAGAAUGUAGACAUCGCUGGUUGGGUAUGUCGUACAAUGGAUCUACAACCGACCACUCCAACACGUUUAGCGAACGUACAAUCCUGAAUAAAUGUCACUCUUACAUACUUGACUACCUAUAUACGCGUUCAGUACUCUUAAGUGAAUCUUCAGUUCUUUUCGUUCGAUUAAUAUGAACAGUGACGUUUGUAAACUUCGUUUCUUUCUUUUUUUUAAACAUUGUCAUAAUUCGUGAAACGAGGAUCUUUCGCGACUUUGAAAACAAACUUAUUGACCAGAAUCUAUGAUUUUUGUCUAUUAUUUUUUAUUCAACAUUGCUCAGUAAUUCAGUAAACCGUUUGAGCGAUAGCAUUUAUGAAAUAGAACCUAAGAAUAUUAACAUUUUCAAUAUAUGUAUCGUUGAUUUAUUCUUGUUUUAAAUAAUCAUAUAUUUAGUUAUUUAAAUGUGCAAGCUACUAAAUAAGAUACAGAAUUUAUGUUAAGACAUUAAAUUAUUGUUAAUGAUACGUUACAGUCUGGUUUUAAAGUCGCGAUAACAACUGUGUCAAAACAUGGUUGAAUAAAUAUACAAUCACUUUUGAUGUAUAUACGAUUAUCGUGAAGUACAGAAGAAAUUUUAUGUAUUUGCAUGAGAUACGUCACUGUGCUUGAUCUUUAUGUCAUUUCACUCGUAUUUCGUAUCUUUAUCUUAUGAUUCUGUUGAAAGUAUGUAAGAUAAACGAUUAUCCUUAUAAGUUCAACGUUAUUGUACACUCAUGGGCAAGUUGUGUUUCCUAUGACAUUAGGAUACAUAUGGGCAUCGGAUUUAUGAAGACAUAAUUUGAAGAAGUGUUAACUAGACAUUUGUACCUGACAUUCGUAGAGCAUUAUUCACACCAUCGAAAAAGAAAAGACUUUUGUUCUAUCAUUGUGAGAAUACUGUAAUAUUUUUUAUGAAACAUCAGCCCGCGAUUUCAAAUAUUGUAGUUAAAUAAAAUAGUAUUUCAAUAAGCUAAUACAUUUUAUAUUUUGAAAAAUUCUAGCUCUCUUGCAGUUAAUAACGAUGAUAAACUAGCAUACUGUUGUAUAAAAGAUAUAUCUCACCAAGAAUAAUAUUUAAUAUAAAUAUUGUACAACAUGGCUACAAUAAUUAUGAAAUACUAUUUUAUUAAACGUCAAUCGAUGUGACACUUUCAAGUCAUAAAGAAGAACAUUAAAAAAACGAUAAACAAAUACCUUUUUAAAUAUUUUACCUCUUUUCGUAAUAGUGUAUGUUAAAUCCAUAUAUUUUUAAAAAUCGUUUAUCGUAUUUUUCCAUAAAUAUAUAUAUAUAUCGCGGUCUGAGAUGUUACACUUCAUAGAUGAAAUUGACAACAUAACUUUGAUGCGCGUCCAUGUGUUCACAUGAUAAUGAAUAUAUACGACGAUUGUAUGUACUGUAUAGCUGUGAAUCAAGUCUUUCUUGUGCAAUUUUUACGAACUGUGUUUGAAAGAUUCAAAAGCCAUUCUUUUGGCCACCUCCAUAUUUACACAUAUUUCAACAAUUACAUGUAAUUAAAAGAUGUUAAUAAUUUUUAUUGUAUCUAUGAUUAAGGAGGGACAAUUUAAAGAAAUUUUGAAAUUUCUUCAAUCUUUAUUCAAACAGAAGCGUUCAACCAAAAUACCACAAAUACCACGUAGAAGUCAAUGAUUCUUUUCUGUUGCUACGAUUCAUUAGUUAUGUCUCUUUGUCGAAUAACAUUUGGUCCGUAAUAGACAGGUGUUUAAUAAUAGACAUAGUCGCUUACCAUUGUAAUGUGCUGAUAAAAAAAAUGUCUAUAUGUACAUAGUAUAAUGGCAGUAUAAGCAUCCUUGUUCUCUAUUGUAUGUAAAUGUUGCGCGUUACAAUCUUUUGUUUCCUAUCGAAGGUGUUGCAUUGAAAUUAUUAAUUGAAAAAAAAAAAAAUAAUAAUAAUAGGAAACGAUCCGUUAUACGUGGAUGGAAGUUCUAAAUAUAAUAUAUCUGUCCCUUCAGUUAUUUAUGUUUGUAGCCAUUACUUUUUUAUAUACGGGACCGCGUAGAUGUAGCCUUUUUCCGAUUUGGCUUAAAAAAAUAUCGGAUUGUACUACGAGCGUAUUGUGAUGUUUGAAAGCACAGUGGGAAUAUCCACUUAUGUGCCUAAGCGUAAGACGCCCAAGAACUGAUCUUUCUUAUUAUGUUUAUAUCUCCUAUAACAAUGUGUGUAAUCCUGUUUAUCGUAAACAGAAUGACAUUUUUUUUCGAUAAAAGUCCUGUUAAGAAAAUUAUGUAAGAUAUUAAUAAUAUACAGCCAUAAAAAAAAAAAGAUUCUAUUCGCUGAACAGUGAAUUUCAAUUGUCAAAGAGGUAAUUAUUUCUGGCACUUAUUCAAAAUAUAUGGAUAUUCCUUGUUGCAAAUUUGUGCAUAAUAAUUGCCGCUAUAUCGAUUCACUGUCUAAAUGUUGUAAUUAUUCGAAGAAUAAAUUUAUCCUACAUUGAAGCAUA